AUGGAGAGGCAGAGGAGAGAAGACAGCGAUGAUGCACAUGGCAGGGAGGGCGCAGACGAUGAGGACAAGAACGCCCAGGACAUCUUUGGGAGGAACUUUGGAAACGCAAGCAGUGCCCUACAAGGACUGCUGCGCAAGCUUGGAGCUGGUUUUGAUGACAUCGUCCCAUCUGGCGGCCUCUCAAGCGCGCAGCUCAAGGGGUUCCUGGUACAGCUGCGCCAGGACGAUGAUGAGAAUGCACAGCUGGAUGCGCUGAGCCAGCUGAAUGAGCUGCUGUCCAUCUCCAACGAAGAGUCCCUGAGUGUCUUCCCUGUGGAACAGCUCGUGCCCGUGCUGGUGCACCUGCUGAACUCAGAGCACAACCCGGACAUCAUGCUGCUGGCCGCGCGCGCGCUCACAUUCCUGGCGGACGUGCUGCCGUCCUCCUGCUCCUCCAUCGUGCGCCACGGGGCCGUGCCGGCCUUCUGUGCGCGCCUGCUCACCAUCGAGUACAUCGAUCUCGCCGAGCAGUCCCUGCAGGCGUUGGAGAAGCUGUCGGCGGAGCAUCCGGGGGCGGUGCUGCGGCAGGGGGGCCUGGUGGCGGUGCUGUCCUACCUGGACUUCUUCCAGACGGGGGUCCAGCGCGUGGCGGUGGCCACCGCCGCCACCAUGUGCCGCUCCCUCACCACCGACAACAUCGACGCUGUCUCCUCCGCAGUCCCCAUCCUCACCAACCUCCUCCAGUACCAGGACAGCAAGGUGGUGGAGAACGCGUGCCUGGCGCUGUCGAGAAUUGCGGAGGCGCUCGCGCACAGCCCGCAGCACCUCGACAUGCUCUGCGGCGCCGGCCUGGUAGGCAACGCCGUGCAACUGGUGGCCGUCUCCGAGACCGGCAGCAUGACCGCGCAGCUGAGCGUGUCCACCUACUACGGCCUGAUCAGGCUGCUGACCACAUGCGCGGCCGGGUCGCACUCGGUCGCUGAGUCGCUGCUGACCGCCAACAUGUCCACCACCAUGCGCCGGCUGCUCAUGAGCUCAACGCUGUUUUCGACUUCGACCACGUCAGCGUCGUCGGUGCUGCGCUCGUCAGACCAGCUGUACGAGGUGGUGUCCCUGUCUGCAGAGCUGUUGCCUCCCACGCCCGACGCCUCCCGCUGCAUCCUGGAAGCCCUGCCCGCCACCGCCGACCCAGGUCAAGUGUCGGUGGUGUCGGGCGGCCUGACGGACGGAGCGCUGCGAAAGGCGUUCAUUGCCAGCAACCCGGACGUGCUGCAGCAGUACUCCUCCGACCUCCUGGGCCUUGCCAUGCAGGUCUAUGGCAGCACCGUGCUCGCCUCGGUCAAGAACAAGUGCCUGCGCAUACUGGACAAGGUGCUGUACUACAGCCCGCCAGACAUGCUGCAUGAGCAGCUCAAGGGCCUCACCAUCUCCUCGUUCAUAGCGGGGCUGCUGCUGUCGCACGACCCCCCCACCCUCGCCAGCGCCCUUAUCCUGGCAGAGCUGCUCAUGGCCAAGGUUCCUGACGACUACAGGCGGUUCUUCCUGAAGGAAGGGGUGGUGCAUGCGAUGGAGCAGCUGGCUGCUACGGCGCCGAAAGAGGAGCCCGAGCCAGAACCCAAGCCAGAGCCUGCGGCAAAGAGCCGCGCGCCGACUUUGCGCCGUUCCAGCUCACGACUCAAGAAGGACAAGGAGGAUGCGCAGGAUUCAGAGCCGUCCACGGAGGCGGCCCCGCUGCCGCCGGCACCCGUGCCCAAGCCCAGCCCCUCCGAAAUCCUGCGCCAGGCCGCCGCCAAACGCGCAGCCGCCUUCGUCCAGGCAUGCACUUUUGAUCUCCUUGUGCUGCACUACAUGCACCAGAUCUGGGCGUGGUAUGACACAGGCCAGUUUUCCCCUGCAACAGGGCAUGGCCUGUGCCCACCUGCUCCUGACCUGGCGCAUUUUGCGUCGGGGGCGGGCGGGUCGGCGUCGGAGACGGAGGGCAUGCGGCAGCUGCGGCGCAUCGGGGAGGAUCUGGGCCGCGAGGGCGCUGUGAGGGAGCUGCUGGCGGCUCUGCAGGAUCAGGGGCCCGCCGCCAUCUCCACUUUUGAGUUCCUCUCCAGUGGCGCCGUCAGCCAGCUGCGCGCCUACCUCCAAGGCGGGCCACUUUCUCUACCCCGCUUAAGCCCAGGAAUGCGAAGUGAAGACCUGAUGGACACGUCAGACGAGAAGCGGCUGCUGCAGCGGCUGCUCGCAUUCGCGGAUGACGCGCUUGUGCCGCAGCCGACGGGCAGCCCGCUGAUGUCAUCGCUCGUGCGCAAGCUGCACGAGGGUCUGGCCUCCACCGAGCGUUUCCCGGUCCAGUACAGCCAGCUUACUCCCACUGCGCCCUCCCUCCGUGCUUUUGGCGGCGCCGGCGGCUCCGCGGGCUCUCGGGUGCAGGACGUGGGCAGCCUGACCUCCGGCCUGGCAGCUCUGGCGCAGCCGUUCAAGCUGCGUCUCUGCCGCGCGGGGCACGAGUCGCAGCUGCGCGAUUACUCCUCCAACGUGGUCCUUAUCGAGCCGCUCGCGACCAUCUCCGCGGUGGAGGACUUUUUAUGGAUGCGUGUGUACCGCUCCCCCAGCAGCGCCUCUCAAGCGGGGGGCGAGGCCCGGGGGCGCUCCCCCGGCGCGGCGGCCGCAGCCGGGGGCCCGGGGCCGGCCGGCGCCGGCGGCCGCGGCAGCGCGCGCGCUGCGGCCGCUGCUGAGCUGCAGGCUGCAGCAGAAGCAGCGAUGAAGGCUGUAGAGGCCGCAGAGGAAGCGGUUAGGCGGAACCGCGGAUCAAGGGGCAGCAAGGAAGCGGAGCCCGCCGCCAAGUCCUCGAAACGCAUGACUCGCGCUCAGGCAGCAAGGGCGGCCGCUGAGCUGGCGGAUCCGGAGGCUGAUGAGGAGGGGCCGUCCCCAAGAGGGAACGCUGCAGACGACGCUGCCGCUGCUGACAUGGCGGAUGAUGACGCAGCCGAGGCUGCCGAUGAAGACGAUGAGGCUGAGGAGGAGGAGGUCAUCAUGCUGCAGGGUGAGAAUGGGACGGAGGAGGAUGAGGACAUGGAGGAGCACGAUGACGAGGGUGACGUGCAGUAUGACGAUGAGGAAGGGGCUGACGUGGAAGAUGACGAGGACAUGGGAAUUGGCACCAUGCAGGCACGCUGCCUACCUUCACCCUGGCAGUACAUGCAGCAGGGAUCUAUUGUGCACGACAUGCAUCUGGGGGACACUCCAGCACCCACACCUGCUCCUCCUGCACCGGCCGCAGAGCCGGAGGCCGCGGAGCCGGCUGAGCCCGCCAGGACGCGCACAGCCCAGGGCCGCAUGAGUUACGCGCAGGCGAUCAGCGGCUCCGGCCGGGGGGCCGCUGCAGCUGCGGGGGAUGCAGCGGGGGUUGGGGAACCCCCGGCGACUCCUCAGCAGCAGGGCGGCGCCGGGGAAGCUGCCGGCGCAGCUGCCGCCGGCGACGCCGCGGCGCAGCCGGCCAGCGGCCAGGGCGCGGCCGCGCAGCCUAAGCUGCGUUUCACACUAGGCGGCGAGCAGCUGGCGCCGCCGUCCACCAUCUUCCAGGCUGUGCAGGCGGCCAGGCGGGCACGGAUGGACGCGGAGGGGCGGGGUCCGGAGCAGGACAGCGAGGUUAGCGCCCACCGCCGCGGCCGGCGCCUGUGGGAGGAGGUCCACACCAUGUACUACAGCAGGUAUGACAACGUUGCAGAGGAGGCGGCCAGCUCAGCACCAGCGGUGCCAGAAGAGGAGAUGGCGGAGGCAAGCACAUCCGAGGCAGCUGACGGGUCUCUGGCUGACUCACCUCUGGGGGACCUGCUGAGCUGGCGGACCCCCGCGCCUGACAUCGGCGCCUGCGAGCAGACGCAGGACCUGCUGCAGCUGCUCAAGCAACUCGAGGCCCUCAACAGGCGCGUUCCUUUCUCCAUAGUGCUGGCGCAUCAGAUCCCAGCCCACCUGGACAAUUCUCCGGGCGCCCCCGGUCGGCAGCCCAAGACGCUGGCGCCGCUGGCGCGCGAAGAGUUCAUCAGCAAGAAGCUGGCGCCCAAGCUGGCCCAGCAGCUCAAGGACGUGCUGGCGAUCUGCGGGGCGGACCUGCCGCCUUGGUGCGCGACGCUGGUGUUUGACUACAAGUUCAUGCUGCCCUUUGCGCUGCGAUCGCGCUACUUCCACUGCACCGCCUUCGGCCUCGCGCGCGCCCUACAGCACCUGCAGCAGCAGCAGGCUGCCGAGGGCGCCGCAGCGCAGCCGCUCGACCGGGAAGCGCGCGAGCUGCGUGUCGGCCGCAUCCAGCGCCAAAAGGUGCGCAUAUCGCGCAAGCGCAUCCUGGAGAGCGCGGCCAAGGUGUUUGAGAUGUACGGCGCCAGCCGCGCGGUGCUGGAGAUUGAGUACUUUGGCGAGGUGGGCACGGGGCUGGGGCCUACUCUGGAGUUCUACACCAUGCUGUCCCACGAUCUCCAGCGCAAGGGCCUCGCCAUGUGGCGUGGCGACGACUCAGCCGCCUCCAAGGUCGCCACCGGUGCGGCGGUGGCGUCCAAGGCGGAGGACUCGCGCAUCGUGGUGUCGACGCUGCCGGCCCAGGCGGCGGCAGGGGAGAACGGGCGGCCGGACGCCUACGUGCAGGCUCCCCAGGGCCUCUUCCCUGCACCCAUGCAGCAGUCCAAGGCAGCAGGCAGCAAGGUGGUGGAGCGGUACCGUCUGCUGGGGCGUGCUAUGGCCAAGGCCCUGCAGGACUCCCGCCUCCUCGAUAUUCCACUCUCCUACACCUUCUACAGGGCGGCGCUGCAGCGGCCGAUAGACCUGUAUGACGUGCGCAAGUUUGACGCUGCGCUGGGGGCGUCCCUGGAGAAGCUGGCCUCCGCGCACCGCGCAUGGGCCGCUGCCGGGUCCUGCUCAGCUCCACUGCUCGUGGACGGGUCCCCCAUCGAAGACCUCUGCCUCUCCUUUGUGCUGCCUGGCUACCCGGAGUAUGAGCUGACGGCGGGGGGCUCUGAGCUGGUGGUGGACAAGCACAACGUGGGCACCUACAUCCAGGCCGUGGUCAACGCCACGCUGCACGAGGGCAUCAAAGCCCAGAUGCAGGCCUUCAGGGCGGGAUUCACGGAGGUGUUUGCGCUGGGAGCGCUGCAGUGCUUCCACGAGGACGAGCUGGAGGCCAUGCUCUGCGGGGUCGGCGAAAAGUGGUCCGUUGACAAGCUCGCCGAGACCAUCAAAUGCGACCACGGGUACACGCAGGAGAGCACGGCGAUCCGGUACUUCCUGGAGGUGAUCAGCGAGCUGGACGCGGCCGACCAGCGCCGAUUCCUGCGCUUUGUCACCGGUUCCCCCCGCCUGCCCCCCGGCGGCAUCGCCUCCCUGCAGCCCAGGCUGACGGUGGUGCGGAAGGUGUCGGCAGCCACCAAGGAAGCUUCCCCGGCGGCUGACUCAGCGGCGGGCGCGUCUCCGGGGGCGUCCGCGCGCGCGCUGCAGGCCCAGGCCUCCACCAGCUUCGCGGCAGACGGCGACCUGCCAUCAGUCAUGACCUGCGCUAAUUACAUCAAGCUCCCUCCAUACUCCUCCAAGGCCGUCGCGCGCGCGAGGAUCCUCUUUGCCAUCCGCGAGGGCCAGGGCUCUUUCGACCUUUCCUGA